CUGUUAGUUGUGUACUUUUACAAUAGCAUAUUAUAAAUUCUUGAUAGUGUCAUGUGUAGAGCUUUUAUUUUUGUAGAAUUUAGUGUUAAGUUAUUUUUAAUUAAAUCAAACAAAUAGGUUAGUUCAACUCCCACCAGAAGCAUCCUGUACAGGGCAGCAACUUGCUAAUCUCGUCAUCCUGUCUUGAGUUUUUUAAGUAAUACCCCUCACAUGAGUGUUUUAAUUUCUACAGAUGUGUUGAGGAUUUGAGAGUUUCCUAGUUCAGUUGUUACCUUAAAGUUCAAUUACUGGAAGACUAUGAACGUUCUCUCGGACACACAACUGCUCCUUUGUAUUUAUUUUUCCCUCCCCCAUUACAAUACUAGCAUAAAUAUAUUUUUAAUGUUAAAAUAAAAUAUCUUACAAAGUAUGGAUGGGCGAAAGGUUAUAAUAGCUAGUUCAUAUAGGCACCAUGCAUGCGGUGAAGUUGAUAGCACUCUGGCUGCCACUUUAUAAUCUUUGUGGUGCAGCUGCCAAGCAGGCUGCAUGAAAAGGAAUUAUAAUUAUAGUAGUUUAUUUUAUAGUUUAGAUAUAAAAAUGGAUAUUGUUGUACAUUGUGUUUGUUUAUAAAAAAUACAACAGUAGCAGCCGGUAAUUCAAAGCUGACAGAAGCGUUCACGUGCACUCCUCUGUCUGUGUGUACACCAUUGAUUUUCACAGUUAGUUCUGUGAUUUAUUCAUUUUUAAUUCCUUACUGAUCGAUCAACCUGAUUUUCAGGGGUUUCAUUUAUCCCUUUGCAAUGUUUCUGAUUUUUAAUUUUAUCACGACGUUCACUCGAACAUGUUCAGGUUGCCACAUAAAAAAAAGGCCUCCAAAACUGCAGGAAUCCCCGAAGAACCAUCGCUUGAAGUAUCUGAGUUGGAAGUUUUAAACAUGGAUGAACUAUUCAAAAUUGUGAAAUCCCUUUGGGCAGUUCCAUGAAAAGGUCAACCAUGGUAGCAAAUAUUAAAAUUAACAUAACCUAGAAAUGUUUUAUAUCAUUGGAAAGCUAACAUAUUUCUCUACCAGAAACUAGGCCUUAGAUUAGUCUUUAACUUUGUGAUGUAAUUAAUAAUGAUGAACAAACCUAAUAAAAAUUAUUCUCUUAGUAGUUUCAAUUUUACGCAAAUUGCUUUCUUGGCUGAUCUUGAUGACAUACUAAUACUAUAUUAGAUUGGUUUCUAAGCCAUUCAAUUUGUGUGGCCUAAUGCUACACGUAGAAACUAUAAUUAAGAAGACUAAAUCAUAUAACUGUUCUAUAAACCUCCCUCAAAGCAGGUGUUUUUUUAGUUUUACGUCCGACACCAAAAUGUGUAUUCAGUUUUAUACAGCCCACAAGGCUAGUGAUAUAAUUCUAACAACCCACAUACAAAGUAGGUUUGUACUGAUCUUUACUUUCUAUACAUAACAAAAGAUUGCUAUGAAUUAACUUUUUAUAUAACUGGGGGGUCGGACGUAAAAAUAAUUUUACGUCCGACACUUUACGUCCGACACCAAAUUUAAUAAUAUUUACAUUUAAUACCAAAUUAUAUUUUCAGUGAUUUUAUGAAGUAAUUAACCGCCUAUAUUGUAAAUAUCUUUAUUUAUAUUUGUAGAACAUAAUUUUUGUUUUGUAAGUUGUCACACCUGCACUUGUGCAUUUUGGUUAUUCACAUGUCACCCAUGCUGGCCUUCACAGUCCUUUCUAUUGUUGAAACUGCAGUAUUUUUGUAGUGAAAUACAUUCUUCAACAGAUAAAGAAAGCUACACCAACAGCAGUGUCAUGGCAAAGAUCAGCAACAAAGAAAAGAUGGCACGUCGCAGAGCAAGAAUUAAGGGUGGUGAUCCAGUAAAAAGAGCAGAAUUAUUAGAGAAAGAUCGAUUAAGGAAAGCUAAAUAUAGAAAACAACAGAAGGAAAGUAUGUCUGAGCCAGAACUGAAGAAGUUACGUGCAAAGGAAAGUGAAAGAGUGAAAUGUUGGUAUCAUAACAAAAAAGGUGAGCCAGCAACAAUUGAAAAAAACAGUGACAUACCUUUGUGUUCAACUCCAUUUAAAACAAAACAGUCUUUAGGAAAGGCUAUGAAAAAAAUUCAGCGUAAUUUGCUACAGUCUCCACGAAAAAGGCAACAUGUUGUGCAAUGUCUAGCUAACCAAUGUGGCUUUAAAGUAACUCCUCCAAUAGGAAGAACCAGACAAAAUGAAGUUUCAGAAAAGUUAAGAAAAUGGGUUCAUAUAUUUUAUCAGAAUGAUGAUGUCAGUUGGCAAGCACCAGGAAAGAAAGACAGAGUAAUAUACAAAGAUGUAGACAAGGAUGGAAAUAAAGUGAAACGUGAAGUCCAGGCUCGUUAUCUCUUGGUGUCACUAGGUGAGGCGUAUAAGGUAUUUGUAGAGAAACACCCACAGGUUACAAUUUGUCGAGCAAAAUUUUGUGCACUUCGUCCUAAACACUGUAAACUUUUUUCUCAAAUUCCACAUUUUGUGUGUGUAUGUUCCUAUCAUGAGAAUGUCAGAUUGUUGCUACUGGCACUGAAAGACUUUACAGACUUGCCAACAGAUUUUGAUUCCUUCAUUACUACUCUAGUGUGUGAUGCUUCAUCCAAAGAUUGUAUGACCAACCGUUGUGAAUCUUGUACUAACAGUAUAAGUCAACAUACACCUAAAGAUGAAGAUCUGAGAAAGCCACUUAAAUAUUCUCAGUGGCAAAACAAUGAUGGACAUUCAGAGAAGAUGGAGAUACUGAGUAGUGUGCAAGAAACAUUUGAAGAUUUGAAAAGCAAGUUGAAAGACUUUUUAAGUUCAUACCUAUAUCAAACGCAUUCAAGCAAAGACAUUUGAAACCAUUAAAUCAAAUGUUAAUGGCAGUGAAAUUGUGAUUCAAGUUGAUUUUGCAGAAAAUGCAUCUCUGGUGAACCAAAAUGAAAUACAAUCAGCUCACUGGAGCCAUGAACAAUCAACUUUAUUUACAAUUUAUGCAUGGAUUAAUAAAAACCUAACUGAAGGGUGUGUAAUAGUAUCUGAUGAUCUUGAACACACCAAAUUACAAGUUUUUUGUUACAUUAAUCAUAUUCUUACGUAUUUGAAAACUUCCUACCCAGAUAUUAGUACAGUAAAUAUAUUCUCAGAUGGUGCUUCGUCACAGUUCAAAAAUCGUUUUAUUUUUUCAGUACUUGCCAAACUGGAAGAAAUUCACACCAUAAAACUUAAAUGGCAUUUCUUUGCGACUUCGCAUGGAAAAGGUGUUGUUGACGGUAUUGGGGGAACAAUUAAAAGAAGUGUCUGGAACCAUGUCAAGGCAAGUAGAAGCAUUGUAAACACACCAGAAAAGUUUGCAAGAAUUGCAGCAGAGCGAAAUCCCAACAUCACUGUGUGUUACAUCACAGCAGAAGAGAACAGAAGCAAGAACAACACAGUAGCUGAGAUAUGGGCCAAAGCAUUGCCAGUUGCAAACACACACAGUGUUCACUGCGUUACUCCUGUUGGAAACAAGUACAUUUUAGUUGGUGGUACCAGUGACAGUAAUGAAGUAUUUAGGAAAGUGAAAAUAAGCAGAGAUGAGGGCAGUAACAGUGAAGGAGACAUCAUGAGUAAUAGCACUAAAUGUAACCACGUGAAUCUAGACGACUGGGUUAUAGUUAAGUAUGAUGGCAAACUGUUUCCAGGGCUGGUGAAAAAAUUAAGGCCAGAUUAUGUUGAUGUAUCUGUUAUGCAUCUCUCAGACACUGGUAGUUACUACAAGUGGCCUUCACAAGAAGACUGCAUUUCAUAUUUAUUUAGUGAUGUGGUAAAAAAAAUUGAUGCCCCUAUUGUGACUGGGAGUAGAGGCCAGUUUCAGUUCACUAGCAAAAUAUGUGAAAAUUAAGAUUCAACCAAUUUCAAUUCAUGUUCAUUUUGUGAUUGCCAACAUUUCCUCCUCCUAGUUUGUUAUCCAUAUAGAGUAGGCCUAAUGUUAGCAUUUUUGUUAGUGGUAAUACAGUGAAAGAAAUGUAUCUCAAGGAAAGUGAGAAUAAGAAGAGAGAAAGACUGUGACAGUGACACUUAAGAAGAAACAUCAGUUAUAGUGAUAAAUGUAACCACCGAAGCCAUAUACUGGAUAAUAAGUUAAGUUCCUUUAGUAUUUUUAGUUAAGCUUUGUGAACCAAGUAUUUUUUUGUCAUACAUUUUACGUCCGACCCCAUCAUUUUACGUCCGACACCAAAGUUUAAAAAUGUAUACAUUUAUGAUAACUAAACAGUAUGAUUCAUCUAAUAUAUGCACAUUCUUUGUUAUUAUUCAGGCAAGCUGAAAAAAAUUAUAACAUAAUUUAAUAAUUUCAUUUUUCACAGACAUUAGUUACUUUAGCCCCUGAUGUGCCAAAUGUUUUGUUUUCUGUUUUACGUCCGACACCAAAAAUAAAAAACAAA